ACAACGCAGCCCUUCACCGUCCUCAACGUCAUCAACAUCGACGCAAUCGAGCACGGCUACACCUCCUCCCCAACAGCAUCUAACACAACAGCAACACAGGCCACUACAACACCCACAGCCACAACAACAAAUACACUCGCAGCCACUAACACCUCAAAUUGCUGCCCAUAGACCUGAAGUGUUGACAUUAAUGCAGUUUAAUUGUAACGGCCUCCUUAGUAAGAUCACAGAGGUAACUCACUUUAUGCAGCAUCAUAAAGUCCAGAUCGCAGCGAUCCAAGAAACCAAAUUAACGUCCAGCUGCCAAUUACAGCGUUGUAAUAAUUACAACAUCUUGCGAAUGGAUCGCGCAAGGAGCGGUGGUGGAGGCAUCGCAUUCAUCGUACACAACUCUGUGCAGUACAGACUCAUUUCGCCUGACCUUAAUAGCCCAGAUCCAAACAUCGAACACCAGGGGAUUGCGGUUAAGUCAGGUGCUGCCGAAAUUGAGCUGUACAACGUGUACAUUCCGCCAGUCAACAGCUUACCUGCAGGUUAUCACCCUGACAUCAAAUUCCUCCUGGAAGGUGAUAACCGUGUCGUGAUGGGAGACUUCAAUGCUCAUCACGAGCUCUGGCACUCGAAUCUCGGGGAUGACCAGAGGGGUAUAGCAUUUGCGGAACAGAUAGACAACUCCACGUUUUGCACAGUGAAUGACGAUGCCCCCACCAGAAUUAUGGGUAGUUGCACGAGCUCGCCAGAUAUAACAAUUUGUAGUGCUGGUCUCUUAAACUAUACGUCCUGGCAACCUAUAGUUUCGCUGUCAUCAGACCAUCUACCCAUAAUAAUAAAGCUUGACAAACCGACGGACUUUAUAGUCUCUGAACGCCGGACUUAUAAAAAUCAAAAAAAGGCAGACUGGAUAAGCUUCAGAGAGUUUACCAACCGCAAGUUUAGGAAUUUACCCCCCCCUUCUGACGUGCGCUCCGCAGAAAGGGAGUUCCGGGAAAUCGUCCUUGCUGCCGCUGCUCGUACAAUACCUGCUGGUAGAAUCCCGCUUAUAAGACCAAAUUUCCCAGCAACAGCAGCGGAACUAGCAGAUGAGCGAGACGAAAUCCGAAGAACCAACCCCAGCGAUCCCAGAAUUCAACAGCUCAACCGGGAGAUCAGCAAGUUGGUUAACGACUACAAGCGGGAAAAGUGGGUAAAUCACCUAAAAACCUGUAACCUAACCUCCGGAGCCAGCAAACUAUGGUCUACUGUCAGAUCUCUGUCGAAUCCAGCCAAACAUGAGGAUAGGGUCGCGAUAUCCUUCAAUGGAAAUACCGUAUCCGACCCUAAGCGCUGCUCGAACUACUUUGCACGUCAAUUUAUAGAGCACCCCGACAGACACAAGGCGAAAAGAAGCAUCCGAGGUUACGAAGGUCAUCAGAGAUGCUAA